UGCUAUGGUACAAUAUACAGUAGGGCCUGUAUUUAAAUACUUGACUCUAUUGUUGUGUUUGGCAAGGCAGCUCAUCCACUCUACCUUGUGCGUAGUGCCACCCACAUUAUCCUAGGGCCAGAGGCCCAACCCUUGCUUUACCAUGGCCAGGACACUAGCUAUAACAGUGAAAUUUAUCCUUGCAUUCAGCGUUGUACUUGCGUGUAGCGACCUCUUGACCAAGCCGCUUGAGGGAACACAAGCGGAAUCAUCGACGUUGCUGUUAGCAGGCCCGCCAGGGGCUCUCAUAAGCCGCGUGCGACAAUGGUUCUCAUCAUAUGCGACGAUGGCCGACAUGCCCACGGAAGAACGUCUACGUCUCCUAAAGGAGGAGAACGUGUGGAAGAACAACCUGGUCAUGUGGAUGUUUCCUGACGGUGUUCGCGAUCAAAUACCCCACUUUUGGCAGACAUGGAUUCGUUGCUGGAUCCUUUGUGCUGCGGUAUACUACAUCAUUGGCGGCCUUUGGUGCUAUUACACGUACUUUUGCUUUGGAGACAAGCUCUUUGCGCCCGGCACCAUUCCUGCCGCGAAGGAGGUGCUGAAGCAAAUUAGGGUGUCCAGCAUUGCCAUGCCGCUCUACUCCAUGCUGCCCGCCCUCACCGAGGCCGCUGCGGAGCGCGGCUGGACGCGCGCCUACCCGCGUGUGGAGAACGUGGGGCUGCCCGCCUACGUGCUCUACUUCUUCAUCUACAUGGUCUCGGUGGAGUUCGGGGUGUACUGGAUGCACCGAGGGCUGCAUGACGUCACCUGGCUGUACAAGUACCUCCACUUCGAGCACCACAUCUACAACAAGGAGCACACCCUCUCGCCCUUUGCCGGCCUGGCCUUCAACCCCAUUGACGGCAUCAUCCAGGCCAUCCCCUACACUUAUACGCUCUUCUUCUGCCCCAUGCACUUCCUCACGCACGAGAUCCUGCUCUUCGCCACCGGCGUCUGGACCACCAACAUCCAUGACGUCAUCCACGGCGGCGUGUGGCCGGUCAUGGGGGCGGGCUACCACACCAUCCACCACACCACCUACAAGCACAACUACGGACACUACUUUGUGUUUAUUGACUGGCUGUACGGCACCAUGUUGACGCCGGAGCAGCAUGAUGCGGAUAUGGCGGCGAAGACGGGGGCGGGAAGUGGAAAGGUCGCGACGGUGAGCGCGACCGCGACGAUUGCGGAGACGGCAGGGGGUGCUAGGGGGAAGAAGGUGCAAUAAUGAAUGAUGUGCGUCUGCUAGUACUGUGUGGCUACACUGUUUCUGUGGUACAUGGUGAACUGGUUGGUUGGUUCAGUGCGUUUGGUUGGCUAGCUGUUUGGCAUGGUGUGCGGUGUGGUGGGCUGGCAUGCUGGGGGGAGGCUUGUGCUCGCAAAGCUUGUGGAUGGUGGUGCUUAUUGAAGCGUUGGCCGGUGUUGGAAACAAGUAAUAAUGUGGAAUGUGCUAUGCGAUGGUGGUGUCCUUAACGUGCGCUCAUGUGGAAUGGUGCGGGCGGAUGCGGGUAUUUGAGAGAGGCAUGGGAAUGGGGCGUUAAGACGGCUAGUGAGAGCCGCGGUUGCAUCAGACGAGUCUCGCUUAGGGAGAGCGGCUUUUACCCUUGACCCGAGAGCGAGCAACCCACGCAUAAGACUCGGGGAGGUUGUGUCAGCAGCGGUUUUCUUGCCUGCUUGCAUAAGCGUUACCCAUCUGCUUGCGUAGCGAGGAUGAAACCUGUGUGACCCCCUUUUUAGCAUUGUGCAAGGAGACUUCCUCCGUGCUUUAGACGGCCUUUGCCCUUGGCAGAUGUCCCCUUGAGGCCCUCAACAACUGCUGUUUUUCCUAGAUCCUGUUUGUGCAGAUAUAUGUGCAGUACUUGAAAGCAGACUUCCCGGACCCGACGUUUGUACGGCACUUGGCGUGGCUUAUACUGUGCGGAAGGCUACUGUUCCUUCUUAUUCAUGCGCGGUUUAGUUAUAUUGAUUGGGCUACACAUGCUUCCUUGCUGUUUCAAAUUGGUUUUUGAGCGAGGAAUGGCACGGAUUGCCAUAAUGCAGGUGUGACAGGGCUGCGGAAUAGCAAUCUUCGUUUCGCCCCUGUAAUUUAGGCAAUUUUGUGAUAAUCCCCCACAACCUGUUCUAUUGUCCACAGUUGACAGGGGGUGACCUGCAGCCGUGCGCGCACACAGCGUCAAGUGAUGUCUAGCUGUUAAAAUCUGGAGAUGUCCUCCAGAAGCAUAGUUCUCACUGAACAAGAUUGGCAAGAUCAUUAAAGCUUCGAUGCAACCUAUCAAGACUUGCGCAUUGCAUGGGCACUGUCACAAGAGUUAGCGAUUGGCAUGUCCUACGCACAGC